UAUGAGAAAUGACACACCAAAGAUUGAAAUAAAGAAGCAUUAUGGAAGCAACCAUUCCUGAGCUGGAUCCUGACCAUCUUCUUGUGUUUAACAGUAGUUAUUUUCCAGAUGAUUUUCUCUGGGGAACUGGCAUUUCUGCUUAUCAGAUGGAAGGUGCAGCAGAUAAAAGAGAAGUUAACAUAUGGGAUACAUUUGCCCGGGACUAUCCAGAAAGAAUAGCCGAUGGCAGCAAUGGAGAUAUCGCAACUGAAUUUUAUUAUAAUUACAAAAAUGAUAUCAAAAGAAUGAAGGAAGAAGUGGGUACGAAUGCUUUCAGAUUUUCCAUUGCAUGGUCAAGAGUUAUACCAGGUGGCAACAUAAGCGCUGGAGUAAGCGAGGAAGGAAUUGACUUUUAUAAUAGUGUUAUUGAUGAAACUAUUAAAAAUGGAAUGGUGCCUUUUGUAACUAUAUUUCAUUGGGAUGUUCCUCAAGAACUUGAAUGCAAUUACGGUGGAUUUAGAAGCCGUAACAUAGUGUCCGAUUAUAAGGAUUUCGCGGAGCUUUGCUUCCAAAGAUUUGGAGACAGAGUGAAGUACUGGGCGACUUUCAACGAACCGCAUAUUUUUACUUCACAAGGCUAUGAUUUGGGUAUUUUAGCUCCAGGCCGAGGCUCAGCUUGGGUGAAUAAGGCGUGUACUGAAGGAGACUCAGGAACAGAACCUUACAUAGUGGCUCAUAAUUUGCUCCUUGCUCAUGCAGCAGCUGUUGCAACAUAUAAGGAACAGGGUUUUGAUGGCAAGAUUGGUAUAACACUUGAUAUAACAGGGGCAAAAUCUUUUUCCAACACGUCAAAUGAUAUCGAAUCCGUGAAUCGAUACCUUGAUUUCACAUUUGGUUGGUUUAUGAAACCCAUAAGCGACGGCGAAUAUCCAGAAAUAAUGCGAGAGUUAGUUGGAGAUCGACUGCCCGCUUUCAAUGAAGCUGAAUCUACCUCUCUAAAAGGAUCCUAUGAUUUUAUCGAGCAAGAUAUAAAUGGAACAUACAUUGGUGUAAAGGGUUCUCCAGAUUGGUUGUAUGUUGCCCCGGAGGGACUUGAAAGUUCUUUAAAAUAUAUUAAAGACGCAUAUGAGAAUCCAAUCAUUUAUAUAACUGAGAAUGGAAUUGCUGAUGGAAUAGACCUUUCUGCAAAGGAUGCGCUUAAAGAUAAAUGGAGAAUAUCAUAUCAUAAGCAGCAUCUGUGGAAACUGCUUAUAGCCAUGAGUAAUGAGGGUGUGAGAGUGAAAGGAUAUUUUGUUUGGGCAUUUAUAGAUAAUUUUGAGUGGGCAUAUGGCUAUACUUUAAGGACGGGGUUGUACGCUAACAAUAAUUUGACGAGAACUCCAAAACUCUCGGUUAAAUGGUUUAAGAAAUUCUUGGAAGGCAAAGGCUCUACCAGCAAACAUUCUCAUCUAGAGGAUAAGGAAGAGCUUUAGAUAUGUUCUGUUUUCAAGUAACGUUUCCGAUUACUUGGCCGGUUUCAAGAAUCCGUGUUAUACGUUUAUGUAAUCAAUAAUCAUGUCUAUGACCAGGGCCUUUUUCGAGUUGGAUUUCGCCUCGAGUGGCUUACUGUUUCGACCUUUUAACGAUUUGCAGUUGUUUCCCUGUAGCGUAUUACCAGUUUCUAAUAAUGAUAUAAACUUUUAUGUAUUCUAUUAAAUAAAUUUGAAGUCCCUGUAAAAAUAGUCAGCCUCUAAAGAUGAGGACAUGUUAUUCAAAUUCAGAAAUUUUAUGCUUGAAUUGUAUUUUA